CCAUUGGCGCUGGCGUCGACUGGUCGUGAAGUGUCAAAAUUGUGGCGAAGGGGUUGUUUUGGAAAAACAAAAUUCUCAGUUCUUGGGCGUUUUUUGGGGACAUAAAAUGAGCAGAGGACAAUGAGAUGGAUGACAGUGUCUUAGAUACAUCCAGUCAGGAUUCCAGUGUGGUGGAGAUGAACAAUUCACUGAGUGUCCUCCACAAAAUCGCCAAUCUCUAUGCUGAGCAGCUGAUGUCGGAUAUCUGCCUGGUGGUCGGGAAUAACCGAUAUCCUGCCCACAGAGUCAUCCUCUGUGCCAGCAGUGAGGUGUUUCAGGUUAUGUUGAUGAAUGCAGAAUGGAAUGAAUCCAGGGAGAGUGUGAUUGAACUGAAGGAGGAUCCCUGCUGUUCCAUGGUUUUUCCCCAAUUUCUCAAGUACCUCUAUGUCGGACAGAUCCGAAUAUCCCUGCAGACGGUGAUGCCAAUGCUGGCACUCGCUGACAAAUACAACAUCAAGGAUCUUGUCCAACUCUGUGUGGAUUACAUGCUGAAGCACAUUGCCAAGGCAGCAACACAGGGUUAUCUAGUCUCAUGGCUGCAGUACACCAUCUCCUUCAGUCCCUACCAUCAGGAAGUCACAGAUGCCUGUCAGCGCUUCAUGAAGUGGAAUCUGGAAAUUGUUGCAGACUCCAAAGAUUUUGUCGAUCUCGAUGUCAACAUCCUGAUUGUCCUGCUGCAGCAGAAUGACCUGGUGCUGCGGAGUGAAUUUGAGCUGUUUACAUAUCUCGAGAAAUGGAUUAUGUUCCGGAAGCAACAAAUUGAAACGGAAGCCAAUGGUUCGCCGGAGGAGCUCAAUCAUCAAAUCCAGCAACUUCUCGAAUCCACAGUCAUUCACAUUCGUUUCGCCAUGAUGACGCCCCAUGAGCUGGCCAAUCUCCUGCUCAGGCCCAUCGUCAGCCUCAAUAAGGCCUUCUUCGUUGACCUCAUUGCCAUUGGGAUGUCCUAUCAUUCGGGGCAGGAGGAGCGAGUGGCUGAAAUCCGACAGUCCGAAUGUGGACAGUUGCAAUUCACACCGCGACUGUACACUACGGACGUCUGGGGCCUUAGCAUGAGCAUAAUGAAGUUCGAGAAGAUCGAGGACUUCCAGAACAUUGCUGCACUGUUCUUCUCCAAGAGCAAUCUGUCCGAGUAUCAGGAGGAUCAGACAGUGACGUGGGAACUGGACUUCUUCCCGCGCGGGAUUCGAUUCAAUCGAGCCAAGUUGAUCAAUGUGUACAAUAUCAGUGUCCAGGGCGUGGAUAUUCCCGAGGCCAUCCUCAAGACCGUUCGACUCAGAGUCACCUGCAAGGAUGAACAUCUCGAGGGGGAGCAGCGCUUCAAGAUUGGAGUGCUCAUCACUGGUGUCCAGAACCAAAUCACACACAUUCGCACAGUCCACGAGAGGAUCCAUUACUUCUCGUGGACGAACCGUGUGCUCAACAUUGACAAUUUACUGCCAUAUGAGGAGCUGGAAUUGUGCUCGAUCAAGUUGAGUCCACAUCUCACCGGAGAUGACCGGGACACCCUCACGAUUCAGGUGAUUAUCGCCCCGAUGGGCCCCUAUGUGUGUCACGAGACGCCCGCCUUCGACUUCAAGUGAGUCUCCUCUUCAGCCGCCACAAGAUUUCCCUCCCUGGCUGGAGAGAAGUCGCCCACAAGAUGUGAAUCGUUGUUGAUAAUGUUUUAUAGACAUCCAUUUGUGUAAAUAAUGAUAAUGGACAAAUGAAGGAGAGAUUCUUUAAAAAAAAAAAAAAAACUUGAGGG